UGCUACAUGCUUAAGAAGAAAGAUACGAUCCUUUUCAUGUUAGUUCUCGAAAUGGACACUACGAAAUCUUCAGGUUAUAAAGAUUUUAUGUGGGCAGUUGAACUUCAUCGCUUAGGUAUGGGAUUGGUUGGCUUGUGGCCUAAAACGGAAAAAUUUAUUAAGGAAAGUUUGUGGUCAGAGAUUCGAGUCGGCAUUAUUUUUAUUUUAUUAUUAUUUAUUUAUCUUCCAAUGCUAAGUACCGUUAUACGUGUUUCGGACAAUAUGAUCCUUUUGAUAGACAGUUUAUUAAUCGCAGUUCCCACGCUAAUAAUAUUAAUAAAAUAUAUUAUCAUGCAAUGGAAACGAACAUUUAUCUUUGUAACUAUAAAUAUGAUGGCGGAAGAUUGGAUGACAUUCAAACAAGAUGCAGAAAGAAACGUUAUGAUAAGACAAGCACGAACUGCUCGAUUAGUCAUGAUGAUUGGAUAUAUUAUCGCAAUAUUAGGAGUUCUCACUGUUAUCGUUCCUCCUUAUUUUGGCAGUCAAAUACAGUAUACAAUGAAUUUAACGGAUCGGAGCAAGUUACUACCAUUAGAGACAUUUCACUUUUACGAUGCAAAAAAAAGUCCCCAGUAUGAAUUGACAUAUUUCAUUCAUAGCAUAACAGCUUGGCUGGGAGCUGUCAUUUACAUGUCUGUAGAUAUUUUUUUGAUAUUGACAAUUUUUCAUGUUUGCGGUCAGUUAGAAAACUUCAGAUGCCAAUUAGUUAAUUUGGUUUCUUGCAAACAUUACAACAAAGUUUUAAAUAAUAUCAUAGCAACUCAUCUGCGACUUAUCAGAAGAUGCGUUUCUGUUUCUUCUUUGCUUUAUAAUUUUGCGCUUAAAGGGUUACUGAAGCAAAGAUCGAACUCCGACAAAAAUUUAGCGCCGUCAUAACAGAACUAAAAAUGUCAAUAAAUUAUCAAAAAAGUUCCACAAUUUUACAUGAAAGUAACGAUGCACGUUCACCGAAUAGUAUUGUAUACCUUUCAAAUCCGAAAUUAUAUUUGAGAAUCGAGCCCUAUGUAUUAGCAAUUUUAUAUUUAUGAAAACGUUUUCUCCAUCGCCCAGUCUCGUGAAAUGUGAUCAAUAAUUUUUUUGUUUGUUCCUCCAGUUCUAAGUUAUAUAUAUUAGUAAUAAUAAAGUCGAAGAUAAAUGUUAAUCGUCAUCUAACAAAUAACAGUGAGGUAGUUUUUUUUUGGUCGACUCAACUGACCAAUUUAUUGAAUUAAUUACAAAUACUACGUUUCGAUCCUUGGUUUGGGUCCUUUUCAAGUAUUAUCACAAUGUAUAUAUAGAAGUUCUAUUAUUUUUUAUAACCAGUAAAAACUAUUAAAAAUGUUAAUUUUGAUUAAUGUUAUUAAGUAUACUCAUACACACACACAACGUACUUAUUUGUAUGCAAUCUGUUAUAUAAGAGAAAUUUUUUUAUUAACAAAGUUGCAUCACAUUAAUUGUACUAAAUUUUAUUUGUAGUAAAAAUAAAAAUUAACCUUGCGCACAAUGCGCAAAUUGUCAAAAGAAAUAUUUAAUUAUUACAAAUUAAGAAUCGAAUAUAAAUUAAACGUUAUGCAUAUUGUGUUGUGUAACAAAAAAUUUAAGACAUAAAAAUGUAUCUUAUAAAACACACAUAAACACAAUUGAGCGAAUAUCAGUUUUACUUCGCAUAUUGCCAUUCCUUUUCACUCCUUCAUCAUACUCCGUUUUGUCAAUAUGUCGAAUGACUCAAAUACGGGAAGAAAUAAGAUAAACAAUGUAAAGCGGAGCUACGGUUUGUAUGCAAUGUGCGUAACUUUUAAUUUGUAUUGUGAUUUUUAAUUUAUAAUAAUUGUCACUUCUCUUGAUAAUAUUUUCUGUAUUACACGCAAGGUCAAUUUUUA